CUUCCGUACUCUGGGAGAAAGCACCCAGGAAGUUUGGGAAGUAAAAGAAAGUAGAGGAACCAGAUUUGGAGAAUUUUGUCCGUAAAAGAUGGAAAAGGAGAACAAUUCCCCUUGGGAAAUGGGGUUGCUGAGAACAUUUGACUCCAGUGAAUUCAUUAGCUGGGAGAAGAUCGGUUCAGGGGGAUUUGGACAAGUUUACAAAGUACGACACAUUAACUGGAAAACAUGGCUAGCAAUCAAAUGUUCUCCAAGUCUUCAUGUAGAUGAGAAAGAGCGUAUGGAACUUUUGGAAGAAGCCAAGAAGAUGGAAAUGGCCAAGUUUCGCUACAUUUUGCCUGUUUAUGGCAUUUGCAGAGAACCUGUUGGAUUGGUCAUGGAAUACAUGGAAACUGGAUCACUAGAGAAAUUACUAGCCUCGGAACCUUUACCAUGGGAACUCCGUUUUCGGAUCAUCCAUGAGACAGCAGUAGGCAUGAAUUUCCUACAUUGCAUGUCUCCACCACUCCUUCACUUGGAUCUCAAACCUGCAAACAUAUUAUUAGAUGCACAUUACCAUGUCAAGAUUUCAGAUUUUGGAUUAGCUAAAUGCCAUGGCCUGUCUCAUUCCCAGGAUCUCAGUAUUGAUGGACUUUUUGGUACAAUUGCUUAUUUACCUCCAGAACGUAUAAAAGAGAAGAGCAGAUUCUUUGAUAUCAAACAUGAUGUAUACAGUUUUGCCAUUGUUAUCUGGGGAGUCCUUACACAGAAAAAACCCUUUGCAGAUGAGAAAAACAUUCUGCAUAUUAUGGUAAAAGUAGUAAAAGGCCAUCGCCUGGAGCUACCCCCGAUUUCCAAAUCUAGACCUCGUGCCUGUAAUAACUUGAUUAGACUUAUGCAGAAAUGCUGGCAGGAUGAUCCCCAAAGUCGGCCAACUUUUCAAGAAAUUACUGCUGAAACUGAAGACUUGUGUGAAAAACCUGAUGAUGAAAUAAAAGAAACAGUCCAAGAUUUGGAUGUGAAAAAUCCACAGGAGAUAAAAACUGAGGCAAUGUCUAUCCCAGAUCAAUUUAAGGGUGCAUCUACACCAAUGUUUGAUAAAGACUACAGUCUUUCAGAGUUGCUGUCUCAGUUGGAUUCUGGAAUUUCUCAGACUAUAAAACACUCAGAAGAGCUGAGCCGUAGCUCCUCUGAAUCUAAACUUGCAUCUUCUAGUAGUGGCAAAAGACUUUCUGGUAUAUCUUCAGUGGAUUCAGCUUUUUCUUCCAGAGGAUCCCUAUCUCUCUCUUUUGAACGAGAGAAUUCAACAAGUGAUAUUAGCACAACUGAUAUUCAGAAGAGAAAGCUUGCAGAAGCAAUCAUGUCUGGUGAUACUGGGAAGUUGAUGAAGAUUCUACAACCCCAGGAUGUGGACCUGGUCCUCGAUGGGAACUCCAGCCUCCUUCAUCUGGCAGUGGAAGCGGGCCAGGAAGAAUGUGUCAAGUGGCUCCUUCUGAAUAACGCCAACCCCAAUCUCACCAACAGAAGGGGUUCUACCCCUCUUCAUGUGGCCAUAGAAAAGAGAGUCAAGAAUGUUAUUGAACUCAUUCUGGCCAGGAAAAUAAACGUCAAUGCCAAAGAUGAGGAUCAGUGGACAGCUCUGCACUUUGCUGCUCAAAAUGGGGAUGAAUCCAGCCUCAGGCUUCUGCUAGAUAAGAAUGCCUCCUUUAAUGAGGUGGAUUUUGAAGGAAGGACUCCUAUGCACAUUGCCUGUCAGCACGGGCAAGAGAACAUUGUGCGAAUUCUUCUGAGGAGGGGUGUGGAUGUGACUCUCCAAGGAAAGGAUGAUUGGAUGCCUCUGCACUAUGCUGCGUGGCAAGGCCACCUACCCAUCGUGAAACUCCUUGCCAAACAGCCAGGGGUGAGUGUGAACGCACAGACCCUGGACGGGAGGACCCCGCUGCACCUUGCAGCCCAGCGGGGCCAUUACCGCGUGGCACGGAUUCUCAUUGACCUGCAGUCAGAUGUCAACAUCCGCAAUCUGCUCUUGCAGACUCCCCUCCACAUUGCUGCGGAAACGGGACACACAAGCACUUCAAGACUGCUUCUCCACCGGGGAGCGGAGAAGGAAGCCAUGACAGCAGAAGGCUAUACUGCCCUCCAUCUGGCUUCCCAAAAUGGACACCUUGCCACCGCUAAGUUGUUGAUGGAAGAAAAAGCUGAUAUACUCGUUGGGGGCCCCCUCAACCAGACGGCCCUCCACCUUGCCGCUGCCAACGGGCAUUCUGAGGUGGUGGAGGAACUCCUUACUCCAGAAAACAUAAAUCUGUUUGAUGAAGAAGGGCACACUGCCCUGCACUUGGCAGCUCGGGGCAGGCACGCGAAGACUGUGGAGGUCUUGCUAAAGCAUGGGGCCCAUAUCAAUUUUCAAGGCCUCAAGUUUCAGACCAACCAACAAUUGGUGGAACAACGCGGGGAUAGUCCGAUUGCCACAUUGUUACGCCGAAGUAAGACUUAGACUGUCCCUGAGUCUUUGUUUUGUCUCAAUCUAGGGUGAAGAAGGCCCUUAUUUAGGGUUCUUGCCACAUUCUUUUGUUAGUAGAACAAGAGAAUGUUAAAUAGCUAUCCAGCUA